AUGUCGUCGUCGUACCCUGUGAACACCCGGCGAAAUCCGAUAUUGAUCAUCAGGCAGUCUCAAUCAUUGCGCCCGUACCUUCAGUGCGUUCGGUCCUCGCUUACCGCCGCUCUUGCGAUCUCGAACUUCGCCUCGCAAACCUCCGAAAGGCAUAAUGUUCCUGAAAUCGAGGCUCAGAGCUCCCCGGAACUCCUCCUCAACCCUCUCACAAUUUCUCGGAAUGAGAAUGAAAAAGUCCUGAUCGAGCCCAGCGUAAACAGUGUUCGCGUGAGCAUCAGAAUUAAGCAAGCAGAUGAAAUUGAACAUAUCCUGGUCCACAAGUUCACCAGAUUCUUGACGCAACGGGCAGAGUCCUUCUUUAUCUUGCGGAGGAAACCAGUCAAGGGAUACGACAUCUCGUUCUUGAUCACGAACUUCCAUACAGAAGCUAUGUUGAAGCACAAACUGGUCGACUUUAUCAUUCAGUUCAUGGAGGAAGUGGAUAAGGAGAUAUCUGAGAUGAAGCUCUUCUUGAAUGCCCGUGCUCGAUUUGUCGCCGAGUCUUUCUUGACACCAUUUGACUAG